AUGGUGAUACACUUCCUGGUGUAUUUCAUCACUACAUCCUCUGGACUUCGUACCUUGCCAGAGUAUGUGACUGCCGCACAGACUCAUGGAGUUGUGGUGUUCUACUGUGACAGUAAUCGCUACAAGCAGGAGUGCAAAAGAAGCCAUAAGGGUUCAAAAGUUCAGCUUGAGCGUUUAAAUCUGUUCUUUAAUCAAACUGGAGGUGUCCACGUUUUACAGAACAUCUACGGCUGUCAGUGGGACAAUGAGACUGGUCAGGUGGAUGGAUAUGAUCAGUAUGGUUAUGAUGGAGAAGACUUUGUAUCAUUUGACCUGAAGACAGAGACAUGGAAAUACUCAGGAAAGGCUGUUGACAUCAAAUACAUGUGGGAUAGAGGCAGAGGUUAUUUAACAUCCAUUAAUGUCUUCCUCACCGUUAUUUGCCCAGAAAGAUUGAAGCUGUAUUUGGACUAUGGGAAGACAUCUCUGCUAAGAACAGUGUCGCUCCUCCAGAAGACCCCCUCCUCUCCAGUCAGCUGCCACGCUACAGGUUUCUACCCAAACAGAGUCGACAUGUUCUGGAGGAAAGAUGGAGAGGAGCUUCAUGAGGACGUGGACCACGGGGAGAUCCUCCCCAACAACGACGGGACCUUCCAGAUGAGUGUUGAUCUGAACAUUUCAUCAGUGAAACCUGAAGACUGGAGCAGGUACGACUGUGUGUUUCAGCUCUCUGGAGUGAAGGAGGACGUCGUCACCAAACUGGACAAAGCAUUUAUCAGGACCAACUGGGCUCCUCCACUGAAGUUUGCUGUCAUUGGAGUUGUUGUUGUUUUAGUGCUGCUCCUGGUCGUCUGCAUCUCUGGACUCUUCAUCUGGAGGAGGAGGAAGAAAGGUGAGGGACAAAGAUAC